GAAGUUCACAGCUAUCAGCUAUGUUUGUGGCGCGUUAUGGUCUGCAUUUUUGUCGGGAUCUGAUGAAGAAAGUGGGUGGGAUAUAUGAUUUUGAGUUUAUGGAGCCAACUAAUAUCAAGUUCGCUUUGUAUUACGAGGUUCUUGAUGCGUAUUCCCGAGUAAUAAGGCCCUGCGAUGAUGAUGCUUGUACGGCGGACGUUGUUGCGGGUUUCUUAGGCCGUCUUGAAUUGAAAAAGCUAUAUGUGGAUGGCGAAUCGAAUAUCGAUAUGCAUGCGUUUUCGAGUGGUGUUGACUAUUUUGCUGACAAGGAGGAUGUUGGCUAUUGUGAUUUAGUGCCACCAGCUGAACCCCUUUUAAGUAUAAUGAAGGAAAUACCACCGCUGAGAUAUGGGUGUUCAAUGGAGAAGAUGCAAACUGCACGAUCCGGGGAACGAGAGGCAAAGAGACGAAAGUUUGACGCUCUUGUUCCAGAGGACCAGUUUCUUGCUCAAAAUCCGGGUCCCUAUUGGAUCAUGAUCAGGGUUUCUGGUGCAGACGACUAUGGUGGAGUCUUUGAAAUCGGAAAUAUGGGAGAGCUGUCGUUAUCAGAUAAAGUGGCAAGUUUGAAGAUGAGAAUAGGUUUAACGAUCCAGAUUCCAGCACACAGACAGAUGUUAAGUGGAAAAGCUGGGGUUUUAGAGGACAACAGGUCACUUGCACAUUACAAUGAUGGAGCAGGAGAAAUUCUAACAGUGUCUUGGUGACAAGGUUUCUUCUGUGUGCAAGGAAAUGCUUAAGUCUCUUUGGGUCAUCAUCAAAGAAUUGGUGGCACAAUUUCCUUCCUUUGCGCUUGGAGACAAGCUGCAUGGGUAUUAUUGAUAAGUUACACAGGGUCUAUUUUAGGAGAAAGAAGAGUAAGGAAGCUGUAGCACACGUGCGAAGGGUUAAGAGUUUGUUAGACGCUAGAGUUUAUAAAUAAGAUGAGGGAUCAAGGAAGAAUGGCAUGUUGAAUCAAGUGGAGGAUUAGUCGUGUGGAGAGAUAUAUCCGAAGGAAUGCUGAGGAUCUCAUCUCAUCUUUCAUUUGUUUUUCAACUUUCUGAAUUUCUGUAAUCUCUGGAUUUUGAGAGUUCAAGUUUAAUCGGAAGAACUUUAUUGAGGA